UCGUAAAGAAGCAGAGCGUUGCCGCAUUGCUUGACGGCAAUUUCCAAUUUUAACAUUUCGACAUGGCGUCUUCAUUGAUUUGCUGCGAAACUCAGAGCAGGGUGAGUUCGGUGCUAAACAGAGAUGUGAAGCAGUACGGAAAGAAGUACAUGUUUGACUGCAAUGAAGAGACAUGCUGGAACUCAGACCAGGGUGAAUGUCAGUGGGUGUCUCUGGAGUUCCCCCAGUCUGUCAAGGUGUCAGAGUUAAAGGUCCAGUUCCAGGGUGGCUUCUCAGCAAAAACAUGCAGACUUGAAGGUUGCCCAAAGGACGGAGACUUUACAGUGAUAAGCCAUUUUUAUCCCGAGGACAACAACUCUCUUCAGAGCUUUCCCAUACAGGAGGCCCCUGCAGUGGACAAAGUAAAAAUAAUGUUUGAGAAUAGUGCAGACUUUUUUGGGAGAAUUAUUGUUUAUUCCUUAGACGUCCUGGGGGGGAAAACCUCAUGACAAUUUUUUAAGAUCCCCUCAUGAGAGAGGAAAUGACCCUUGAGUAAAAAACAGGACGGUGCGGUGGCACUUGGGAAACAUGUCAUCUGUACUGCCACCUCAUGAACUGAUGUGAAUGUGGCCUUUUUUGGUAUGGACGCUUUCAGGAAUCUGUGAAGCCCUCUCAUUCAGACACAGAAGGCUUUGCAUGGAAUUUGAGUUUUAAGUGCAGAUUUAACCGGUUUCUUGUGAUUACGUCAUUUGUUAUAUUGCUCUCUACACUUAUAUUGUGCCUUUUGAGUAAAAGCGCCAUCCAAGGGAACACACAGUAAAAAAAAACAAACUUGUUUACUCCUUAUUUGCUGUCAGUCAGCCAAACAAAAUAAUUAUGCUGCACAACUGUCACAUUAUAGUCCUUGUUUGUACAAAGUUUUUGUACAUUGUAAUGAAUACAAAUAGAAUAAACUGUUUGUAAAAUAAC